AUGGGAAAACCAGGCUUGAACUUGUCUCAACUGGGCCUUUCACCAAAGCAAGAACAAACGCCUUUUGCCAACUUUUCAAAAUAUGUUGAUCCUUCUGGUAAACUUAAUUUCGCUGGAAAAGCCAUCAUUCAUGCAGAUGGAGUUGACUUUAGCAACGGCAACAGUUUUACGAUUAAAAUGGAUGAUUUAAUAUUAGAAGAAGAACUCGGCAAAGGACAAUAUGGCACAGUGCGAAAAGUGAAGCAUAGGGUUACUAAUGUUACUAUGGCUAUGAAGGAAAUACGCUUAGAACUAGAUGAAACCAAACUACAUCAAAUAUUAAUGGAAUUAGAUAUUUUGCAUAAAAGCUCAGGCGAAUACAUUGUAGAAUUUUAUGGAGCAUUCUUUAUUGAGUCUUGUGUAUAUUAUUGUAUGGAAUAUAUGGAUGCUGGCUCACUUGAUAAGCUAUAUGGAGAUGGUGUCCCUGAAGAAGUAUUGGCAAAGAUUGCUAUAUCUAUGGUCGAAGGAUUAAAGUUUCUCAAGGACGAACUCUCUAUCAUUCAUAGAGAUGUUAAGCCUACCAAUGUACUGGCUAAUAGACAGGGACAAGUCAAACUAUGUGACUUUGGUGUAUCAGGCCAAUUGGAGAAAUCGUUGGCAAAAACCAAUAUUGGCUGUCAAAGCUAUAUGGCUCCUGAACGUAUUAAAGCAGCUAAUACAUACUCAGUCUCAUCAGAUGUUUGGUCAUUGGGUAUCUCACUUGUCGAAAUGGCUAUUGGUCGUUAUCCUUACAAAUAUGACAAUAUGUUUGCUCAACUGAAGGCUAUCAUUGACGAUGAGCCUCCCGCUUUACCUUCAGAGACUUUCUCUACUGAAGCAUGUGACUUUGUAGCAGCCUGUCUUCAAAAAGAUCCCAAUAAGAGACCAACCUAUGCAGAUCUUUUAGAACAUCCAUUUAUCAAAAAGUAUGAAGCAGUAGAUGUGGAUAUGGCAAAAUGGGCUCAAGAUGCUUAUGAAGCAAGAGUACAAGCAUAA